AUGUCCGACUACGAGGACGAUAUGGACGUCGAUGGCCCUGCGCCAUCUGCCGACAUCACCUUUUCGGCUGAGGCGGCCAAGGGCAAGAGGAGUGCUGCCAAUCUACCAGUUGAAGCCGAGGACAGCUUACCAUGGGUUGAAAAGUACCGACCAGUAACGCUCGAGGAUGUCUCCGGUCACCAAGACAUCCUGGCCACCAUCAACAAGUUUGUCGAACAGAACCGCCUCCCUCACCUGCUUCUCUACGGCCCGCCCGGCACGGGCAAAACAUCGACUAUCCUGGCCCUCGCGCGGCGGAUCUACGGCGUCUCCAACAUGCGGCAGAUGGUGCUGGAACUGAACGCUUCAGACGACAGAGGCAUCGACGUGGUACGAGAGCAGAUCAAGACGUUUGCCAGCACCAAGCAGAUCUUUUCCAUGGGUGGCGGCGCGUCAAAGUCAAAUUCCAUUGCUGGCUUCAAACUCAUCAUUCUAGAUGAGGCGGAUGCCAUGACCAAUACCGCACAGAUGGCUCUACGAAGAAUCAUGGAAAAGUACACGGCCAACACACGGUUCUGCAUCAUUGCCAACUACGCACACAAGCUGAGCCCCGCGCUGCUGUCUCGCUGUACGAGAUUCCGAUUCAGUCCGUUGAAGGAAGGGGAUAUCAGGGUGUUGGUGGAGAAGGUGGUGGAGGAGGAGAAUGUCAAGAUUCAGGGCGAGGCUGUGGAUGCGCUGGUGAAGCUGAGCAAGGGCGACAUGCGACGGGCACUGAACGUGCUUCAAGCGUGCCAUGCAUCAAGCACGCCCUUGAGGUUAAAGAACGAGCCCAAGCCGCCGGAGAGCGAGAUCAAGCGCGAGACGAUUACGACGGAGACGAUUUACAACUGCAUUGCGGCGCCGCAGCCCGAGGCCGUCAAGGAGAUUGUCGAGACGCUGCUGAGCACGCCGGACGUGACGAGCUGCCUCAACACCAUCAACGCGCUGAAGACGACGCAGGGGCUGGCGCUGGCCGACAUCAUCACGGCGGUGAUGGAGCAGCUGACGAAGCUGGAGGUGAAUGCAGAGGUCAUGAUCACCUGGCUGGCAGGGCUGGCGGAGAUUGAGCACCGCGUUGCUGGAGGGGCCAGCGAGAUGGUGCAGACGGGAGCGGUGGUGGGCGUUGUGCGAGGAGGGGUGGAGCUGAUGAGCAAGUGAAUGUGAAUACCAAUGAUUGCAUGAUCAAGGGCUCAGUCAUGUUGCUGUAAUGGC